AUUCAAGCUCCCGAUUGACUGAUUCAAUUUUUAAAAAUCCAUUUCAAUGGGCUCCACUAACUUCUUUUUAUAAAAACAUGAAAUUUCUGACUUUAGAGCCCUCCAGCAAAAAUCAGGGGCUUGCUUUUUGUUUUCACUGGGCAAAUGGAUGCUGAGAAGAAAAACUGGGAAAAUAUAUGAGAAAGAAUUCCUCUUCAACCGCCCACCAAUUAAUUUUCUGAUUUUUGAAGCAAUAGCAGGGUUUUUUAAAAGCAUCCGCUUUGGAGGUAAUCUAAUCCGGACUUGAAUGCCCCUCCAACAUUUUCUUAUUAACUCUUAGCUCAUCUUUAAAACAGCGAUAACAUCGACCUCGUUGUUGGGACGAUUAAAUUGGGUAAUGUUUGUAAAACACACAACACAAUGCCUAACUUAUCAUUAAGAGGAACCUGGGAGCGAUAACCCAAUUCUCUAAAUAAUAUAGAAGCUCCAAAUAGCUGAGCGCGUUACACCUCUAGAGAGUUGACUGAGGCCUAGUUAGCAGGGUGUCAAGGGCCCUAAAUUAGCAGCCAGGGGACCAGCAAGGCUUCCUUGGCAGACACCUUCCAUACAUACUUCAGCCUUUUCAUCCACAAAACCGGGGUGGAUGAAAAAUUCAGGCUAUGAAUCGGCCCUCCUUGAGUCCCAGGCUUGUUGGGAGGAUCAACGGGGCAAGCUGCGUGAGCACGCCGGGACGAGUCCCAUCCGAGAGGUGCCAGGGAUCACACGGGGGACCCCGGGCCACGGCGGCGGCCGCUCUCGCCCCGAUGGCGGGCGGGCAUCUGCCAACGUGAGCCUGGCUGGCGUGAAGGCCUCCGAUGCUCCGGGACCACGCCCUGCCUCGCACGCGCGCUGUCUGGCUUCGCCGAGGCCCAUUGAGGGACAGAGCGGGGAGGAGGAGGGAACAGCGCCCACCAGGGAGCACGGGGAUCUCCAAGCGACAGGAUGCACCCAACAGUGGCCUAGCGGGGGGAUCAGGCUCUUCGCAAACCCUCACCCCAACCGGACGCCCGCGCCUCCCCGAGGAAGGGCCAGAGCCGCGCGGCGGGGCGGGCGUGCGGGGACCCCUCCAGCCCCCGCCAGACCCGAGCGCAGGCCCGGGACCUCGCCGGCCUUUCUGGGUCAGCAGGGAGGCGGCGGGAAGAGCCGGCUCGUAACGGGCCCGGGGCUCCCACGGGCGCGCAGGGGGGGGAGGCCCGCGCGGGGAGAGCGCGCCCCGGCGGCGGGAGGCCGCGCACGCACAUAACGGGGCACGGAGCCGGACCUCACCCAGGAUCUGCUGGCGCCGAUCGGCGUGGGGCUGGUCGGUGUAGACCCACUCGAAGUCUUCCCGCGAAACGCGGUUCCCCAUGGCGGCGACGGCAGCGGCGGCGACUUGCAAACCCGCUCCUGGCUCUCGCUCCCGGCCCGGCUCCUCCGAGGCGGCAGCAGCGGCGGCAGCCGGGUCCUCGUCAGCGGGCUGCAGACUGAGGGGAGGCGCUGACGGAAGUGGGGGCGGAGUCACUAGGCCCCGCCCCGGCCCCGCCCCCAGCCGCGAGGUGAUCUCUCUUCAGGCAAUCAUACCAGUUAUUCUAGAAAGACACUAUCCAGCCUGCUGUGAAAAGCUGCAGUGAGUUCCAGAAGUUCCUGAUGACAUUAAGAAAUGUCAGGUGAGAUGUUUCUGACAGUGUACCUCAGCAACAACGAGCAGCACUUCACAGAAGUGCCAGUUACCCCGGAAACAGUAUGCAGAGAUGUGGUGGAUUUGUGUAAAGAGCCCGGCGAGAGCGACUGCCACUUGGCCGAAGUGUGGUGUGGCUCAGAACGUCCAGUUGCUGAUAAUGAGCGGAUGUUUGAUGUUCUGCAGAGAUUUGGAAGUCAGAGGAGUGAAGUGCGUUUCUUCCUUCGUCACGAACGCUUCCCUGGCAGGGACAUUGUGAGUGGACCAAGGUCUCAGGAUCCAGGUUUAAAAAGAAAUGGUGUAAAAGUUCCUGGUGAACAUCGAAGGAAGGAGAAUGGGGAGCAGCGCCUGAAGUUUCUAAAGCAGCAAGACCAGCGUCAACAGCAACAAGUUGUGGAGCAGGAGAAGCUUAAGAGGCUAAAAGAAAUAGCUGAGAACCAGGAGGCUAAGCUGAAAAAAGUGAGAGCACUUAAAGGCCACGUGGAGCAGAAGAGGCUCAGCAACGGGAAACUUGUGGAGGAAAUUGAACAGAUGAAUAAUUUGUUCCAGCAAAAACAGAGGGAGCUCGUUCUGGCUGUGUCAAAAGUAGAGGAACUUACGAGACAGCUGGAGAUGCUCAAGAACGGCAGGAUCGACGGUCACCAUGACAACCAGUCUGCGGUAGCCGAGCUGGAUCGCCUCUACAAGGAAUUGCAGCUAAGGAACAAAUUGAAUCAAGAGCAGAAUGCCAAGCUGCAACAACAGAGGGAGUGUUUGAAUAGGCGCAAUUCAGAGGUGGCAGUCAUGGACAAGCGUGUGAAUGAGCUGAGGGACCGGCUGUGGAAGAAGAAGGCGGCGCUACAGCAGAAAGAAAACCUUCCAGUUUCACCUGAUGGACACCUGCCUCAGCAAGGGGUGUCUGCACCAAGCCGCGUGGCUGCCGUCGGUCCCUACAUCCAGUCGUCCACCAUGCCGCGGAUGCCCUCCAGGCCUGACCUCCUGGUGAAACCAGCCCUGCCAGAUGGUCCCUUGGCCAUGCAGCCUGCAGAGGUGCCCAUGAAAGUACACACACUGCCUAACAUGAGAUCUGGGGCCGCUUCCCAAACUAAAGGCUCUAAAAUCCACUCACUUGGCCCUGAUUGGAGUCCAAAUGCAGAUUUCUUCCCGAGCCAUUCCUCCGCUUCUGUACUGAAAAGCUCUGGGAAUGCGCCAGACCAAGCUGAUGAUGGGGAGGUUCCGCUGAGGGAGAAGGAGAAGAAAGUCCGUCCCUUCUCAAUGUUUGACACAGUCGACCAGUCUGCUGCCCCACCCUCCUUUGGGGCCCUGAGGAAAAACCAGAGCAGUGAGGAUAUCCUGCGGGAUGCUCAGGCUGCAAAUAAAAACAUGGCGAAAGUACCACCUCCUGUUCCAUCAAAACCCAAGCAGAUUAAUUUGCCUUAUUUUGGACAAACGAAUCAGUCACCAUCAGACAUUAAGCCAGAUGGAAACCCUCAGCAAUUGUCAAUAGCUGCUGCAUCCAUAGGAAAUAAACCCAAAACAGCCGGGCAUCCACAGAGGGUCCUGCUGUCCCCCGGCGGCCUUUCAGUCAGCCAAGACCAAGCUCUUCUUUCAGGUUCUAAGCCAGAAAGCCCACCUGCUGCCGCUGUCCGGCCUUUCACACCUCAGCCUUCCAAAGACGCCCUUCUUCCCCCCUUCAGGAAACCCCAGACCGUGGCAGCUAGCUCCAUAUACUCCAUGUACACCCAGCAUCAGGCUCCCGGAAAAAACUUCCAGCAGGCAGUGCAGAGCGCGCUGACCAAGACACAGCCCAGAGGGCCACACUUUUCCAGCGUAUAUGGCAAACCCGUGGUGGCUAGUGCCCAAAAUCAGCAGCAGCACCCCGAGAACAUCUACUCUGGUAGCCAGGGCCAACCUGGCAGCCCGGAACCGGAACCAGAGCCUGUUUCUUCAGCUCAGGAGAACCACGAAAAUGAAAGAAUUCCUCGACCCCUCAGCCCAACCAAAUUACUGCCUUUCUUAUCGAAUCCUUACCGAAAUCAGAGCGAUGCUGACUUAGAAGCCCUACGGAAGAAACUGUCUAACGCACCAAGGCCACUAAAAAAACGGAGCUCUAUUACAGAGCCAGAGGGUCCUAAUGGGCCGAACAUCCAGAAGCUGUUGUAUCAGCGGACCACCAUCGCUGCCAUGGAGACCAUCUCUGUGCCAUCGUACCCCCCCAAGUCGACCUCAGUGACUGCCAGCCCAGAAAGCCCAGUGGAAAUCCAGAAUCCAUAUUUACAUGCGGAGCCAGAGAAGGAGGUGGUCUCUCUGCUCCCCGAAACAGUGUCCGCAGAGGAAGCCGGGAGCGCCAGUACAGAGAACAGCGACAUGCCAGCUCCUUCUCCGGGACUUGAUUAUGUGUCUGAAGGAGUCCCAGACAGCAGCCCAAAUUUCCAGAACAGCGUGGAAGAGCCAAAUCCAGAGGCUCCCCACCUGCUUGAAGUGUACCUGGAGGAGUACCCCCCGUACCCACCGCCGCCAUACCCGUCGGGGGAAUUGGAGGGCCCAGGAGAAGACUCUGGGAGCAUGCGCCCGCCUGAAAUCACUGGGCAGGUGUCUCUGCCUCCUGGCAAAAGGACAAACUUGCGUAAAACUGGUUCAGAGCGAAUUGCUCAUGGAAUGAGGGUGAAAUUCAACCCCCUUGCCUUACUUCUAGAUUCAUCUUUGGAGGGAGAAUUUGACCUUGUACAGAGAAUUAUUUAUGAGAGGUUUCCGGAAGGCAGGACCUCGACCCCGCUGCACUGCGCCGCCUCCUGUAACAACGUCCAGGUGUGCAAGUUUCUGGUGGAGUCCGGGGCCGCUGUGUUUGCCAUGACCUACAGCGACAUGCAGACGGCUGCCGACAAGUGCGAGGAGAUGGAGGAAGGCUAUACCCAGUGCUCUCAGUUUCUGUAUGGAGUUCAGGAGAAAAUGGGCAUAAUGAAUAAAGGAGUCAUUUAUGCUCUUUGGGAUUAUGAACCUCAGAAUGACGAUGAGCUGCCCAUGAAAGAGGGCGACUGCAUGACAAUCAUCCGCAGGGAAGAUGAAGAUGAAAUUGAAUGGUGGUGGGCGCGCCUGAAUGAGAAGGAGGGAUACGUUCCACGCAAUCUGCUGGGACUAUACCCAAGAAUUAAACCAAGACAAAGGAGCUUGGCCUGAAACUUUAUAGAAUUGUAGUUAAUGAAGAAUUAAUCCCUGUUAUAACUAAGAAGUCAUAUGAUUGUUUUUGGCACAAAAUUUCACAAGACUUGUUUUAAUGACGAUGUAACUUGAAAGCCAUGAAGAAUGUGCUUUGGAAGAAGAUGAAGGAUCGAAAAUUCACUGCUCAUGGAGAACAUUCAGCACCACGAAAUGGAGCUUAUAAGUGAGCUGAUUUCACUGCCGUGGGGGAAAGGUGUUCCAGAUAACCAGUGACAAUCCUGUUUCCCGCAAGAAAUAGGACCAUUUACUGAGCUACUGGGAAACGGCUUCAUGUCCAGCUCUGUUGGAGUUUUCCGGCGCCUGCCUGUACCUCCUCCCAACAGAAAGGACCAGUGCCAUCCUGGCACCAUCCCCGAUUGUCCCCCAGCAUCAGCAGACCCUCAGGGGACUCGCGUGGCGGCUGGAAGUUUCCACACACCUGUAUAUUGUCAGUGAAGAACUGUUGGUUGCUAGUCAGUGAGCAAUAACUUUAUUAUAUGAGUUCUUGUAGUAUUUUAAGAAUUAUACAUAUAUUGGAAAUAUUGAAACCAAGCUACACUACAGGUAAUUAGGUUUAGAAUCUUGUUUUUAGGCUGAAUUUGAACCUAUAUUUAUUGCCUUUUGUAUCUCGGAAAUUAGAGACUUGCUAUAGACUUAACCAUAAUGUUUGUCAAGAUUAUAGCUGACUUUAAAAACAAUUGUAAUAAAAUUAAACUUUUUGACUCUA